CAACAACUCUGGAACAUACAAAAAGCCUUCAAUUUCUCAAAGCUUUUCCAGCCCGCUUCAAUUCACAAUCUGAUCAUUGCCAUGCCUUCCCUUCUGGAUCUGUCAGCUGAACUCAAAUUGACCGUCGUGAAGCAUUUGGGCUCAGAAAGGAACAAUGAUAUCCUCAGCAUUAGUCGUACUUGCCAAGUACUUCGAGAGCUGGUCGCGCCCUCGCUUUUUAAGAAUAUUGUACUCCGAAAUAACGAAAAAAGCGGGAAUUCCGUAAAAGAGAUUCGAAGUGGGUCAUACAAAGACUUUGUGCGAGCUAUCCACUAUGAGGGCAUGAUCAGAGUCCUAGACGGGUGGACCUUACACAAUGCGGAUGACCAAGCUGAAGAGCCAAAAGAGGAGCAUUUCCCAAAAUGCGUAGAGGACAUUCUUUCAAACCUCAGUCGAUUUCCGAAGCUCGAAAAGCUCGUGGUCGAGUUCCCUUGUGAUGAUGAUGAUCUCGCUAGAGGUUUCUAUAACUUUGACGAGGAGGAAAGUUAUGAGCAGGCUGUAGAAGUGGAGAGCGAAGAAGCGUGGCGUGCCCUCAUGGCAAAAUCGUACGAAGCAGUUGGGCGGAACUCCCAACAUUCCAUAAAAACGCUCGAACUCCGGGGACUGGUCGCUAGGCAGGCGUCUUCGUGGAAUGGUCAAGGGUUCCGAAAUUUUCUUGGUGGAAUGGAGAGUUUCAUCAUCUCCAUCAAAGGAGGAAAUAAUGACGUAGGGUGGUGUGUGAAUACUCUACAAGGCUACCUCGAGUUCAUCACACACCUGGGAAACCACUUCUUUGAUCACCUCACCAACGUGACCAGUUUUUCCUUCACUGCGACCGAUGAAGGACCACCUGGGCUGGAGGGGUUGAGACAUGUACCCCUACCCCUGCUCGCGCACCAUAUGCCGCAUCUCCAGACGCUGGAACUUGGCUGGAUUUUUAUCAACCCACAACUAUUAGAAUUCAUAAAUAGUCACCAUGAGACGCUCAUAUCUAUUCGACUCGAACAUACUUUCUCCGGAGCUAGCUGUCGUUUGGCGGAAAACGGAAUCACGUGGGCUGAAUUCUUCAACUCGAUACAUAGAGCAGGUCCCUCAAAGCUGAAGAGGCUCGAAAUCCUUCCCCUUGAAUCCCGCCUCAAAGAAGAUGAAGAAGAUGAGAGUAUGAGCCCGGAGGCGGAACGAGUUCAAUCAGCCCUUGACCAAAAUCCCGAGAAGAGACUGUUUUCAUAUGCCGGCUUGAGCAGUAAGUAUGGAAUGCUUUUCGAAUAUGAAGAGAACAAUAUUGAGCAGUUCGAGCGUGGUGAAGAUCAGAGAGGCUACGACAGGUUGAUGUCUCUGAUUAAAACGAACAUCUAGGAUAGCAAAUGAAGGUGGCUGGCUAGCGUGGGACGCGAGGUAAGAGGCCUGGGCUCGGGGGUUUCAUCAACUUGACCGGGUCGAGUAGUUUGAUAGUAGCGGCGUAGUUUGAACAGGAGAAAAUAG